CAGCUGCAUAUAAACUUGAGCAUCAACUGUCAGUGCCUAGUUGAAUACUGGAUUCGUGAAAUCAAAAAUAUUACCAUUUACUAUUUUGUAAUUAAGCUGUGUAAAAUUUUAGUUAAUUAGUUUUACAAUGAUAUAUUGUAUGUCCUAAAGGCAUAAUCGUUUAUUGUGAGGUUGAAUGCGUCCAAUACAACAUCAUGAAAUCUGUUUGUUUUGAACACAAAUUAUUUCAUUAAUUAAUUUGCAUCAUUUUAUGAACUACUACCAAAAAUGGAAGGUGGCGAGUGGAGAAACAGCAUUGUUAGCCAGCUACAGACGCGAAAUAAAUAUGAGACGGCAGCUUUCCAAGAUAUUAUCGCGUUUCAAAGCAGGCUGUUUGACAAUGUGAAUACCUUAAAAAAUGAAAAUCUACAGCUAACAUUAGUCAAUGAGAGAAUUAGAUUUUGAACUGACAGUGUAAUCACUGGAACAGGUGGGCCAAGCAAUGAAAGAAUACAAGCUUUAGAACAAAAAAUCUUAGUACAACAAGAAGAGUUGACAUCAUUGCAUAGGCGUCGUGGCGAAAAUGCCCAACAAAUUAUGAGUCUGAAUGAGAAAGUACAUGACUUAGAAAAGCAGCUACAAGCAAAAGAUGUUACAAUUUCAGAAAACACAGCAUUAAUAGCGUCACUCCGGGCUGAAAUACAAAUGUAUGAGACGAACAUGACUGAGUUACAAGGGUUAAAUCAGGUGCUAAGAGAUGAACAUCAGGCAUUACAAAUCGCUUUUGCAGCUAUUGAAGAAAAAUUAAGGAAAGCGCAGGAUGAAAAUCGAUCAUUGGUGGAACGAUUAAUAAAGUACAAGGCAAAAGAUGCCGAUAAAAUGAACGAGGAAAACGAACACUUUCUGAAGUCAAGCAACCCUACCGCGUUUUUCAUCAACACAUUCGGUAGAGUUAGUUUCGGAAAGAAAAGUGACAAACUGCGUAAAGAAUUGGAAGAGGCAGCGAGGGACAGCGGUAGUCGGAGUAGCGGCAGCUCUGAUGAUAAGAUAAUCGACUCGAUGCCUUACUACGCGACCGCGCUACCGUCUAAAGUCGCGUUGAGAUUUGACGCGCACGACGGAGAAGUAUAUGCCGUAAAAUGGAGUCCUACAGAUCGGCUAGUCGCCACAGGCGGUGCUGACAGAAAGGUCAAACUAUGGGAUGUGUCAAAAUGUGUAGUGGAGAGUAAAGGUGCUCUGGUGGGAUCCAACGCAGGUGUCAUGUCUGUGGACUUCGACUCGACGGGCGCCUACCUCGUGGGAGCCUCCAAUGACUUCGCCAGCCGCGUGUGGACUGUCGCCGACCAGAGGAUGAGGCAUACGUUAACGGGUCAUAGCGGUAAAGUGAUGGCGGCCAAAUUCCUCGGGGAGCCUACUAAAGUAAUCACGGGGAGCCACGACCGGACUCUCAAAAUAUGGGAUCUCAGAAGUAGAAUGUGUACGGAAACAAAAUUCGCAGGAUCAUCUUGCAACGAUCUAGUGACGUCAGAUGGCGCCGGUUCAACGAUCAUAUCGGGACAUUUUGACAAGCAAAUACGCUUUUGGGACAUACGCACAGAAAUGUCGGCGAACCACAUCAUGCUGCAGGGAAAAGUCACAUCUCUCGAUCUCAGUAGAGAUAGCAAUUAUUUACUGGCGUGCGUACGAGAUGACACGAUACAACUAAUAGACCUGCGGAUGAACACAAUAGUGCGCUCUUUCAGUCACGAGUCGUUCAAGGUGGGGUGCGACUGGUCGCGGGCGGCGUUCGGUCCGGGCGGGCGGCUCGUCGCGGUCGGCGCGGCGGACGGCGCCGUGUUCGUGUGGAACACGUACACUGGCCGGUUGGAGACGAUACUUAAGGACCAUACGUCAGCGGUGACGGCUGUAUCAUGGCAUCCGCAGUCAGGGCUGCUGUCGUCGGUGGACCGCGGCAAGCGCGCUCUGAUUUGGGGAGACUUGUGACAACCCUUGGCGGAGCCUCAGCGCUCGCCACCCGUUGAACAGGUUUUUAAAGAGGAAGAGGCAGAGAGCGACAAUGGUGAGGUGUUCGAUUUCCUCCGAGGCAUCACCACGGACAUCCUUCACCGGUUCACGUAACAAAACGUCUGCGCCCUCUAAUAUAUACGUGUCACAGUCGCAUAAAUCCGUUGGACUUUCAACUAUUUUGGAACUAGCAAAAACAUCGUAAAUCUUCAAAGCCCUACGCAUAGUGCAUGUAAAUUUUAAAUGUUGUUUUUUUUUUUUGUAAAUAAUGGAUAUUAUAUUUUGUAAAAAUAAAUGAGGUGCUAUAAUAGGAGUUCAGUUAUAGUAUUCAGAAUCUUUGGUGCCGCACCGGACGGUUUGACUGACUAUAAUGUCGAUUGCUGAUUAAUAUUUAAUAUUAGCUUUACUGUCGUCCCACUUUGGUGUUAUGUUUGAAUCGCAAUCACUCACGACCAAUAUGCAAGCAAUGUGUGUUAGUUUUGUACCAACUUAGUUAAUAAGUCGUCUUCCGUCAUAUGUACCUUCUUGUAUGAUUCCAUUCCGUAUAUUAAUCCAUUUUUUGCGAAUAUAAAAGUGCGUUGCAGUUAUGACUGCGCUAUGUGUUGCAUAAAUGCGUGAAACAAAUGGCAGUGCAAGGUCAUGAGGUUGAUACUGUAUGGUCAACGGCUCCGACGUUGAAUGCGUUGCUAUUAUUUACGUGUGCAAGGUUAGCUAAGUAAGCUGGUCAUAGAGAUAGUAACAUUGUAAUUAUGAAUAACUCCUACGUGACGAGAAAAAUGGGAAUUAAAAUUAGAAGUAGCGCUAGUCUAUACAGUCCCAACGUUGUACAAUACGGCAUUCCGUAAUUUGAGUCGCAUGUCAUUUCUUAUGGAAGAUAUGACAUCAUAGUUGUUUUACUUACCUGAAUAGGAUCGCAAUGGACCACCUGUGCUUCUAGGAGGCUCUCAUUAGCAAACAAUGAUCGGGCAUCGGCGACUACCGUCGACGGUGCGAGUGACUCCCGAUCAAUAAACUGUUGAACCGAUAAGAAUGCCGGCCGCGGUCGCAGGGCUGUCGGCUCGGCGUCACGUCUCAGCAUUUAAACUGGACGAAGAAGUGGGCUCGUGGUCCAAUGACGUUGAGGAUACGAAGUUUUGUGUAGUGAUAUUAAUAAGAUGGGAAAACGGGAAAAUAGCAUAGUGUUUUGUCGUUGUUUUUGGUGAAACGUGAAAAUAAAAUUAUUAGAAUAUGGUAAUCUGCUAUGCACAGCUUUAAUUUUUGUAAUGGUGCUUAAAAGACACGCUGCCACGAUCGGCAACACAGAGGCGACCCUGCGCGCGGCCGCACACGUGACACGACACGACACAUCCAUAAUCCUGUGACGCGUGUUUUGACAGCCGCGCCGGGCUACCUCAAGACAGUCGAGUUUUUUUUUUUAUUUUUUACAGUACAGUUCAACGAACCCGCAACACAUAUACGGCCUUAUUUAACAUGUAAUUACACACAUAACCGACCGCUUAAUUACUCGAAACUGCUGCGACGUGUCUGCAUCUGGAAUCCGAUCAAAAAAAACUUAAUCCGGCGCCGCUCUUAAAUUACGCUUCGUUAACCUUCGCCUCGGCUAAUAAUAGCGUACACCGGCCACUUUGCAUAGGACUCUGAAUGUUCGUCUCUCUACCCACAUAUCUACCCAUCUAUCUUGCCAAAAUACGUGUCAUAAUAUAUGUUUUUUUUUUACUCUUUAAAGAUAUUAUUUUCGUUUAUUACAUGCGUGUCGAUUGUUUGCUUUGCGUCAACAAAAGCAACCAUUAUUGGAUUUAUAAAUCGCUGGUCAUGUUUACAACUAGUCACUAUAUUCAAUGCUUAAGAAUUCGCUUUUAUAUUAAGAAUGUGAUAAAUUUGUGCGCGGUAAUGUAUGCAUUUAGCGGUAUCGACGUGUAUAUUAAAAGAGAAGUUUAAUAAAAAUAAAAAAUGUUAAUGGAAUUUGAAAAUGUAGGUAAGUCAAACAUAAUUCAUAUAAAAGAUUGUAGAAUUGAAAACGAUGCCGAAACGUUAUUUUGCAUAUAGUUUUUAUAUCGGUCAAGUCGAGAGGUUGAAUUUGGUUUGUGGACAUUUAGAAAGUAAGCAAAAAAAUGGCACCCACGCUCGUCUGAAUAGGGUAAAACGUGUACGAUUUUGGGAACACUGGAGUAUGUUACUACCGUCAUAAUAAUCUGACGCACCUAAUACAGUUUUACGGUUAGUCGUUUUUUUUAUUUCCUGGCGGAAUUUUUGUUUCUCUUUUAUUGUUUAAUUGCACUGUAUGAAUCCGUACGUUUCCACCUUGUUCGUUUUUCUAUCUUCACGAAGAUGAUUCACGCGUAGAGCUGUAAUUGCAUGAGUCAUCAAUUAUUUUCUCAAUUCGAGUUGUAUUUGAUCCAUUUUCAUAGAGUGUAAGGUAAAACAUGUGCCUUUUUAUAGCUGUUAAGCGAGUAUUUAUUGUGAAAAAAAAUAUUUUCAUAAUAUCAAUUAUUUAUUUGCAAUUAUAGAACUCGACGCUUGUUAACUUUAUUCCAAUUUACGUAUGUAACAGUUUGUACACAUUAUAAUAACUGUAAAUAGAAAGUGGUAGGUAAAUAUAUAUUAAACAGCUUUACAAAGGCUGUUGUCACUGUUGUAAAAAAUGACAUCACAGAGCUGAGAUAUGUUACUUAGCCACGGAGCCCAUCGAUGUUAUUAAGGAGUUGCAACUUUCUUUUUAUUUGUAAACAUUGUGCACAUUGACAGCAAUCACACGUUAUUGUGAGCUAAUGUGGAUAUUUAACGCAUAAUAUGGAUUUUUUUGUAUCAUUGAGGAACAGUUACAUCUAACGGACGAUAAAUACGUCUACAUUUAAUAUUUUUAUAUAAAACCUUUAUAUUUAAAAAAUGUUGUACAGUGCAAUUGUAAAGGCGACGCUUAAUAAUCAUUGGAUAUGAAUAUAUCUGAUAAUUAUGUUCUGCGAAUUGUAUAUUCAUUUCGGAAAUAAAUGUGUUAUUAUUA